CUCUUCCUCCAGUCGUACUGCGUCAUCCAUACCGCCUCAACAAUAUAUCUACGAACCUGAUCCACGACACCUCCUCGAUCGGCCGCCCCAAAGUGCCUGACUGGCACAUCCUAUGAGCUCUGCCGGCCGCAGAGACAACCGACACGAUGGAGUUCUCAUGGGGCAAUGUCGACAACAUUGACCCUCAACUGCUGAUGCAGCAGUCCGACAAUCUGGCACAAGUGGGGACGUUCACUCAAGGCGUCGCAGACAGCACCGAGCAAUCUCUUGAACAAGAAAGGGACAGUGGUAUGGAGAUCGACGCGCACCACGGCGGCAUGGCCCUGCGUACGGGUGUUGCAGACCUGGACAUCGGCCAUGAGCUCGACAUUCAGAUGGAGCAAAUCUAUGAGGCCGCAACACCUCAGCGACCCCUCCAUCCGCAACAAGCCUUCAAUCCGCAAGCGCAAAACUUUUACCCGACUCCACCGUCAUCCCAUCAAGCCAUCGGGACUGGCCAUUACCCACUACCGAGCCAGCGUAACCACAAUCGCUUCGCAAUUCUGUCAGAAGGCGGCAGUGAGCCUGGUGCGCUACAAGAGCCUUAUCGGUACAUCGACACCGCAGGUUUCUUGACGCCGAAUUCGGCAGCAAGGAGCCAUGCUGAUGCUGCUUAUCAUCACGACAUGUCUGGAUCUCCAACGCCAACGAUGACCACUCUGCUACCCACAAGUCAACGUCUCUACUCCCAGGCCGCUCAGGCCGCACCUGCUAUGAACAUGAAUGGCGUACUAGCAGGCGUGCCCGCUGUUGAGAAUAUGCACAACUGGGCGAUGGGAGCUUCGAGCUCGAAUGCGACUGUCCGCAAUCAUGUCCAGUCUCUUUUGCCACAGAGGGGCAGAAUUCGAGCAGCAUCGGUCGCUUCCUCCAUUGGCCAAGGUGAUUUUGUGUGCGAAGGCGGUCAAGGCAAGACGUGUGGCAAGCGGUUCGACACCAAAUCCAAGAUGACACACCACGCGCGCUGCCACAAGCCCGCUCGGAACUUCUGCACGAUCUGUAAUGCCGGCUUCUACUAUAUGAAGGACUUGAAGAGACACAUGAACACCCAUGGGCCAAGAGACCGUCACCUUGUUUGCAACAAUAUCGGUUGCCCGCACCACACCAAGCCUUUUGCCCGGAAGGAUCAUCGCGAUAGACACGAACGCAGCUGUCAGCACAGUCAGGCCUAGCAGACGCGAUAGACACGCUGAUUCACCAUUGUACAUGUAUUUACGACGCGACGGAUUUGCACGAUUUCACGCAGCAUAUCACAGCAGAUGUACAAACACCAGCAAAAAAAGCUCAUGUAUCAUAGAAAUAGAAGAGCGGAGCGUGCCCACAGCAACAGUGUUCCAUAGUGUAGCUUCUAGCAGAGAAAGGAAAAGAGUCGCCUUGCCAAUACCGACUCCUACCAGAGCUUCGACUCGGCCCCGAAAUCAUGUCAACAGAUCGACGUAGGAGGCUCGCAGUCCCCUGCAAGCGAGCAUUGACAAGCGUGCAAGUCGCGACUUGCCAGCACGACCUGCUGACCACCCAUCUGCAUCUUUUCACCGGUUGGCGGAAGCUACGGCACGACGCAGACCGAGCCACAGCCAGCAACGGCAGAGGGA